AUCUCGUGCUUUUCGUGAGGCAGCCAUGGCGAGCAACUCGCAAAAAGCAGACAAAAAUAGAAAUAAAAGCAAAAAGAUGGAGAAUGAAGCUUCAGAAAAUCCUCCAUUGUCUGACAAUACAGAUUUGGCUCCUUCUGAGGACUCGCAGUCCCUUUUCAAGACUGAACCACUGGAAAAGGUUUUAAAUGAGAUCAGCAAAGAAAUUAAUAACUUGCUGUCAAAAUAUGCUGACACUAUAAGUGCAAGAAUAGCAUUGGAUUCUUCUUAUGUCCAGGAACUUGAUGAGAUCCUAAAAGAAGCCAGGGCCAUAGAAAAGCAUUUGAAGCAGAAAAGGGAGAAGCUGAAACAGAGAUUCGCUGUCAUCGCCAAUAGUCUGCAAAGCUAAAUGGAGUUUGUUAUGAAAACGUAGAGCCAAAGUUUUGUUCGUGUAUGAAAACAAAUCGGGAUGAGUGUUGUCAUGUCUGUUUCUUGUAUAAAUAUUUCUGUCAGUUCAGGAAACUUCCAACAAGUUAAGCAGCUACUUAGUGUUUAAAUACAU